ACUCUUAUAUUUCAGCCACGGUUAACCAUACAAACUCUUACGUUACGCUUGCGUGACCUGUGCAUGAAUAAGUUUAUUUGCAUCUUCAAGCUAGAGUUAAAAGAUUAAGGUAUGAAAAGAAAAGAACAGGAGCUGUGCGAGCGAGCUGAAGGAAAUGAGAGUUGGGAAGAGGAGCCAGCUGAUCGACAAGCUUAUGGCCUGGAAGAUGAAUUUGACCGAGAGUUCUGGAUUAAGGUUCAACAAAAGAGAAGUGAAGGAAUGUCAUGGAACAGAGCCAUGGAUGAAGUGCGAGUUGAAAGGCUGAUCCAAAAAUACAAAGACAAUGAUGAGCUAGCCAGUGAAGACCCUGCUCUUGUGAUGUUAAAAAAGUGGCCAGCAUCAAAACAGUAUCGAUAUAAUUCAGAUCGCCUUCCAGGGCUUGAACAACUGAUUAAUAGAUUUUUGGAGAUCCUAUUAAAGAGUGAACUCAAUGCAGACAAUAGAUAUGAGAAGUUCAGAGAUGACGAAGAUAAGACAAAGAAGACAUUGAUGCACUAUGCAGCUGAGCUUGACUUUCUUCAUGUCACUAAAACACUUGUGAAAAAAUGUCCUUGCUUGUUGGCUCUGGAAACAGAAACGCUGCUUAAACCUGAGAAGCGAGGUUUACUACCAGUUGAGUUGGCAUUGACAAUGGAGAAUGAUGAUGUUGCAGCAUAUUUGAUAAGAAUGAUGUGGCAUGAAAAUGCCCAGAGUUUGUUUUCAUGGAGGCCAGAUGAUAUGUCAAGUCCUCAGCCAUCUUUCUUUAGCUUUAAGUCAAUAAUUGAGAAUUCCAAAAUGAAGAAAUCAGUAGUUGCCAUAUUAGACCAGAUGGUGAACCCACAAUGGCCUAACCUACCGAAGCGCAAAGACAACUACGACAAUCGAGAAGAAAGGGAGGGAAUUGAAGGUGCAUGGAGCACCAUCCCUGAUGAUCCAUUCAAUUAUCGCCUUUAUUACCACAUCCUGGAUGGUGAUGAGGCAGGCCGACCUCCUAAAGUUAUGGCCUCAGAGGGAAACAAGCUGACAGAUAAUGAAUAUUUUAACUGGCAUGACAAGUCUUGUUUACAUUAUAUUGCUAAAAGCAAUAAUAAGGAGGCCUUGCAACAUCCAGUUGUUAGAAUGCUGAUAAAAACAAAAUGGCAGAGCUAUGGACACUGGUUUCUAAGCCUUCAAGCCGGAUUUCAUGUGAUUUUCUUGCUCCUCUUGUCAUAUUCUCUAAUUGACAUGUGGAAAGUCAAGCUCAGCUGCAUAGUGCAUCAAUGUCUUCUUUGUCUUAUCUUCAACAUCUCUGAAUGUCUCAUAUCUGUUGUCUGCAUUGAGUCCACUCUUUAA